AUGGCCAUCACGAACGGAGAUGGCAGGUCUAAUGCUCUGGAUCCCGUCUGGGACGACAUGGACAAGACCUUGGGGCAGCUGUUUAUGAUGGGAUUCGAGGGAACCACAAUCACGCCCCAGAUACGAAAAUUGAUCACAGAACAUCACAUUGGCUCGUUGCUGCUUACAGCCAAAAACUUCAAGAACGCCGAGCAAGCUACAGAGCUCAUACGUGAACUACAGCAGUGUGCCUACGAUGCCGGACAUCCAGUGCCGCUGGCCAUCGGCAUCGACCAAGAGAAUGGCGGCGUCAACAGUCUCUUCGACGAGAUCUAUAUACGACAAUAUCCCUCUGCAAUGGGACUGGCAGCCACAGGAUCCAAGGAGAUUGCGUACGAAGUGGCGAAAGCAACAGCAGAAGAGAUCGCAGCAUGUGGCAUCAACUUGAUGUUCGGACCUGUUCUGGACGUUCUCACCAAUGCAAGAAAUCAGCCGCUUGGCGUUCGAACCACGGGCGACAAUCCUCAAGAAGUUUCAGCUUAUGGAAUAGCCUUCUUGAAAGGCUACAAGGACGCGGGCUUGGCAUGUAUGGGCAAGCACUUUCCAUCUUACGGCAGCUUGGAGUUUCUCGGAUCCGCCUUGGAUGUGCCUACAAUCACUGAAAGUCUCGAGUCACUCAGCUUGAACGCUCUGGUUCCUUUCCGAAAUGCCAUCAAGGAAGGACUAGAUGCAAUGAUGGUGGGUGGUUGUGCCAUGGCUUCGCCAGGCCUCAAUGUCAUGCAUGCAUGCCUAUCUGACCAAGUCGUCAAUGAUCUUCUGAGAAAUGACCUGCACUUCGAUGGCGUUGUCAUCUCCGACUGCCUGGAAAUGGAGGCUCUUAGCCACAACAUUGGUGUCGGUGGUGGCACUGUCAUGGCUGUUAAUGCAGGAUGCGACAUUGUCCUCCUCUGUCGCUCUCCAGUACACCAGCAGGAAGCGAUUGAUGGCUUCAAGCUGGGCCUGGAGAAUGCUAUGAUCAGCGAGGAACGGAUCAGAAUGUCGCUUCGUCGGAUACUGGAUAUGAAGGCGAAAUGUACAUCCUGGGAGAAGGCUCUCAAUCCGGCUGGCAUUCCGCUGUUAUCGAAACUACAGCCGUCGCAUACAACGCUCUCGACCAAGGCGUACAAUUCUUCGAUUACCGUUGUGCGAGAUAAGAACCGGCUGCUACCGCUGACGAGUUUCAUGGAGCCCGAGGACGAAUUGCUGCUGCUAACACCACUGGUCAAGCCACUCGCCGCCUCCGCUGCAGCACGAGCGCUGUCCGACCAGAUCACGAACGGCUCGCCUGAGCCCGCAAUCUGGGAACGUAAUGCAUCAGUCAUGAGCGGUGAAAGAGUGUUUCGAGAGCUUGGUCGCUCUCUGGCCAGGCAGCGAAGCGGUAGAGUACUGCACACAUCAUAUACCGCGAACGGCGUGCGACCACAGCACGAGAACCUGAUCAAUCGAGCCGGCGCAGUCAUCAUCGUGACAGCGGACGCAAAUCGCAACCUCUAUCAGCAUGGAUUCGCUAAACAUGUCUCAAUGAUCUGCAACAUGCACUACACGUCCUCUGGCGAGAGACGAGAAAAGCCAUUGGUUGUUGUGUCAGUCAGCUCACCCUACGACUUUGCGAUGGACACCAGCAUCGGCACCUAUAUCUGCACCUACGACUUCACGGAAACUGCUCUCAUGUCCCUCGUCAAAGUGCUCUAUGGCGACUUCACCCCAGCAGGAGCACUUCCAGGCACGAUUUCACAGAGCCAGAAGCUCUCACAAUCCAAGCAACAUUGGCUCGUUGAAGCCUUCAACGAAGAUCGCGAUUCCGAUUCCCUCGACGUCUUAAUCAAAGCAGUCGUCGAUGGCAAUACACCAGGCCUACAUUCCGAGCUCGCAUCCUCAACUUCCAAUUCCUUCCUCCUCCGCAACCCGGAAAUUGUCGAAGCCCACUACGUCGUCCGGAAUAGCAGCACUCAGGCCCUAUAUGGGUUCUGUGCAACGUACUUCUUCAAAGCCACCGGGACAGGAGUCAUCGGGGCAAUCUUCGUCGACCCAUCCCGUCGAAAGCUGUCCAUCGGCCACUCUCUUCACAAUCGCGCUAUUCGCACUCUCCUCCAGCGCGAAGGUGUCAAACGCUUCCAACUCGGAUCCAGAGUGCCCAGCAUAUAUCUAGGCAUCCCGACAGGACAUGGCGGCGAACGCAAACGUCUUCGAUCCUGGUUCGCGAAUCUGGGCUGGAACACUGCACUCUCGCGUUCAGUGUGCAGCAUGGUCGCUCGGAAUCUCCAGACUUGGUCUCCUCCAGACGGUAUGGCGAAAUCUCUCCAAUCUGCCGGCGCGGAUUUCGAUCUCGUCUAUGGUUGGGACUAUGCCGGUCCGGUCUUGGAUCACAUCAAGACAAAUCAUCGACAGGGUCUGGCUGAGCCUGAAGAUGGUGCGAUUGUGGGCACGGUUGUGCUGUAUAACAUGCAGAGUCAGCUGGCGGAGUUUGUGCCUAGUAUGAAGGACCUGGGAGAAGUCGCGGGUGGCAUCUCAAGUCCCGUCAUCAGUCCUAGUGUGGGCGAGUAUUCCACGCUCUUGCAGGGCUUGAUUCUGCUGGGCAUGAGACAGGUCAAGAAUCAGGGAUGUAAUGUUUGUGUUUUGGAUUAUAUGGAUGGUGACGGCAACUUCGACGGCUUGAGUGCGAUGGGUUUUGAUGUUUUGCACAAUUUUGAGGAGGUCAGCUGUGAUGCUGCGACUUGGACUAUGGUGCCGACUGCGCCCUAG